AUUUAAGGUGCGAAAACAGAUCAACACGCUGAAGGAAGACUGUGUGACAAAAAAGAGCUUCCGCAGUUUACAGCAAGCAGACGAAUCUAAAUCCUUUUUAUGGAGACUUAAUUGAACGUUUUUUCUUUCCUGUCUUGUGGCGCGAGGUUACCACUGAGUUGCGCCGGUCGGCCGGUGAUUUGAUAAUUAGCGCAACAUGAGUUUAAGCGAGCAUUCACUGCAAGCCUUGUCCUGGAGGAAGCUGUACCUGAGUCGAGCCAAACUGAAAGCUUCGAGUCGGACAUCAGCUUUGCUCUCCGGAUUUGCUAUGGUUGCCAUGGUGGAAGUGCAGCUGGAUAACAGUUACCCAUACCCACCUGGACUCCUCAUCGCCUUCAGUGCCUGCACCACUGUGCUGGUUGCUGUCCACCUGUUUGCUCUGAUGGUCAGCACCUGCAUUCUGCCCAACAUAGAGGCUGUCAGCAACGUGCACAACCUCAACUCUGUGAAGGAGUCUCCCCAUGAGCGGAUGCACAGACACAUUGAGCUGGCAUGGGCUUUUUCAACGGUCAUUGGCACUUUGCUCUUCCUCGCCGAGGUGGUUCUGCUCUGCUGGGUCAAAUUUUUACCCAUUAAGCCGGACAAAUCCAACAACAGCACAGUCUCCUCUGGCAUGGCUGCUGCUCUCACCUCUACUUUCAUUAUGGUUCCCUUUAGUUUAAUCUUCAUAGUCUUUGCAGUGCAUUUUUAUCGCUCGUUGGUCAGCCACAAGACCGACAGACAGUUUCAGGAGCUGGAGGAGCUGUCUAACCUCACCAGGCUUCAAAAUGAGCUGGACAACAGGGGAGAAUCAUCCAUUCUACAAUCACCAAGCUCACAGUUCCCAUAGAAAAAUGAACAUAUCUGUUUUUGGAACUACAAGACAGGACACAAUUUUGGAUCUGGAUUUUUCCAUAAAACCUUUACCUUUUUAUAGUUUUUUUGUUUUGUUUUGUUUUGUUUUGUUUUGUUUUCAGAAGACACUGGAUCUUACUGUGAACUCAUAAAUGUGCCAUAAUGCAUGUAGAUGGGAAUCACACAGUCCUUAAUAGGAUUUUAGCUUAUUAGAUUUCCAUCAGCCAAAGUGGAUAUCUGGUUUUCUUCUAAGUUUUACCUGCUGAGUUUGAUUUUAUUGUUUUUGCAAAAAAAAAGUGUAUAUAUAUAUAUAUAUAUA